ACCGAAAAACCGUAAAAACAGGUCUGCUGUUUGGGAUGACUUCACGUUAGAUCCCGAAUCGGAAAAAAUAGUGAUAUGCGACCAUUGCGGCAAAAAGCUCAAGUAUAAUGGGACGAGUUCGAUGGCAGCACAUCUUAAGGUUUGCAAGCAUAAUCCGAAUAAUGAAUCUAACAAGAGGCAGAGAAAUAAUCCAUCGUCAAUGAAUGUUGAAGGGCAGGUGAUUUCUUCCCCUUUAAUGCCUAGGUUUGAUCAAGAGAAAUUGCGGUAUUUACUUGUGAAGAUGUUUGUAGGCAUGGAACUUCCUUUGAAUACAGUGGAGCAUCCUGAUUUUCAAGAAUUUGUAAAUGGCUUGAAUCCAAAAUUUAAUCUUAUAUCACGUACUACAGUUGCACGUGAUACUUUGUUGUUAUGGGAUGUAGAAAAGGCGAAAAUGAAAAAUUUUCUCGCCCAACACUGCCACAGAGUUUCCCUCACUGCUGAUACAUGGACAUAUGUCCAAAAUCUCUGUUAUAUGUGUAUCACUGCUCACUUUAUUGACAAUAACUGGACCUUGCAGAGUAGAGUUUUAAGUUUUUGCCAAGUCACAAGCCACUCGUGAGAUGUAAUUGCAAACACUAUUGACAAUUGUUUGACUGAUUGGGGACUUAUUCGUGUCUUGACUAUCACACUUGAUAAUGCGUCCUCAAAUGAUCUUGGAAUUAAACAUUUGAAGAAGAAGCUACUAUCUUGUAACAGCUUACUUUUGAAGGGGGAAUACUUACAUUUGCGUUGUUGUGCACAUGUCUUAAACCUCAUUGUGAAGGAGGGGUUGAAAGAUGUUGACGAAUCUGUUUUGAGAAUUCGAGGUUCAGUAAAAUAUGCUAGGGCUUCUGCUCACAGGUUUGCAAAAUUCAAAACAGCUGUAGAACUUUCGAACACAGAGUACAAAGGUCUUGUGUGCCUUGAUGUAGAAACAAGGUGGAAUUCGACUUAUUUAAUGUUAGACUCAGCUUUGAAGCAUCAAAAGGCUUUUGAAAUGCUUGAAAUUCAAGAUCCCAAGUUCACUGAGGAGCUAGUUGAAAAGGGGAAGGGUGUGCCCACAUAUAUGGAUUGGGAGGAAGCACAAGCGAUUCUGCCGUUUCUCAAAAUAUUUUAUGAUGCUACACUUCGGAUAUCGGGUUCCUCUUAUGUGGCCUCUAAUAUGUAUAUGUUAGAGGUCUUUGAAAUUGGGUCUCAGAUAAAUAAGAUGUGUGAUUCUGAUGAUGCAUUCUUAGAGAGCAUGGCUCUAAAGAUGAGAAAGAAAUAUGAUAGGUAUUGGGGAAAAAAUUGAGCAGUUGAACAUGUUGUUGUUGAUUUCUACAGUCUUAGACCCUAGGUACAAAUUAAAGUAUGUCAACUGGUCGAUCAGUGAUAAUUUUAACUCACAGGAGGCAAAAGAAUUAAAAGAAUUGUUGGAAACUAAUUUGUAUCAACUAUUCGCGGAGUAUAGUGGUGUGGGGCAAGGUUCCCAACGUGGUUCUCAGUUGAGUUUAGGUGGUAAGCAAGAUCGUUAUAGUUACAGUCGGUUUUUACAGUCCACUGGUUCGUCCUCCUCUGGUCAAACUGAUUUGCAGAAGUACCUAGAAGAAUCUAUAGAAACUCAGUUUCCCGAUGACUUUGAUAUUUUAAAAUGGUGGAAGGAAAACUCCAGCCGUCUUCCGAUCCUUGCAAAGAUGGCAAAAGACUUGUUUGCCAUACCAAUCUCCACGGUACCAUCUGAGUCUACUUUUAGUCUUGGAGGAUGGGUGAUUGAUGAACAUCGCAGUUGCCUCACACCUAAAAUGGUGGAAGCUCUUAUUUGUAGUUAUAGCUGCAUUAGAGGAUCGCGUAAAUCCUCAAUAAUUGAUUCACUUAUUAUUGAGGAUUACAAUGAACUUGAGAAAUUAGAGCAAGAAGUAGCUGCUAUGAAAACUGGUGAUGCUUGUUCAGCCUCGGUUGCUCUCGAUGAAGAUUGACGAGUUUUUUUUUUGUUUCGUAUUAGACUAUUAGCUAUGGAUAAUUUGUUAUGGUGAUGUAUAGACUUAAGCUUAUGUGCUUUCUUUUAGCAUGUUUUGAGCUUAGUUUAAUUGGUCUGUGUAUAGAUUGAAUGUUGAUUUUCUGUUCUGCUUUGUUAUCAGACCUACAGUUUGAAAUCUCAU